GAGACCACACGUGACGCAAGUGAUCACCACCACGGGGAGUAGGCGUAACUGUUGCAUCUGUGUUACCGGAUAUUAAGUUUUUAAUGGAAGUGUGAAUGCCGAGAAUUGUGCUACAGAGAGCUGAAGAAACAUUUCCUGCUGUGACAGAAAGGAUGAACUGUACAAAUUCAGAGACGGUUUUAGUGGGUCCCUAUGGUGAGAUAUACCCAGUAAGUCAUGAUGCAAACCAGGCCAUGAAUAUAAAAGCUGAGGAAGUCUCAGACUCACAAGAGGAAGUGGAUCCUGUGCAAGUAACAGUUCAGGAAGUAAAGGCUGAACCUGAGAACUGUACAAAUUCGGAGAACGCUUUAGUGGGUCCGUUUGGUGAGACAUACCCAGCACCUCAUGAUGCCAAUCAGGUCAUGAAUGUAAAAGCUGAGGCAGUCUCAUAUGCAGAAGAGGAAGAGGAUCCUGUCCCAAUAACAUUUCCAGAAAUGAAGGCUGAGCCUGAGGUGAGCUGUAUGUGCACUGUUAGGCAGAUGACACAAAUGUGCAGAAAUGCCGCUUGUCUUUUUGAUAUGCAUCUCUGUGAACAUGAAACAACUCCACUCUGCUGUUAAUAAGAUUCUGAAGGUUUCUUUUUCCUGAAAUGUCUCUACACAACUGGAGUUUGUUGAAUGUUGCUUGUGAUGUACCAGUCCCAUUUUCUUUUGAGCAGAUCUAAUAUAGAUAAAAUGAAAUACUGUGUAUACUGAAUUUUUGCAGUAAAUUCUAUACAGGAAAAAUCCUUCACAUUUUCCAUGUCUGUCCUAUCCACUGAGCAGUGCUUAAGUUUAUCAUUUUUUUCUGUCUCCCUUGCAGUCUGUAUUCAUGUAAUAACACAGACAUAUCAUUGUGUUGAGGAUUUGUAACAGGAUAACUAAUGAUUCUCUAAAGGUUUGUGACAAUGUGUGACAUAGACAUGUGUUCCCAGUUGCCCUCUGUUUGAAGUAAAUUUAAUAUACCUGACACCGUUGGAGUUGACUCUGUACUUGCUGUCAGGUGAUUGGGGUUGUCAUUACAGUUUUUCUUUUUGUUUGUUUUCUGUCAGACAGAAAGUGACUAAACAUUAGGUACGGAGAAUGUGUAAAAGGUGUAGAAAGCAAUAGUGAAGAAUUGGUAUUGGCAGCCCAUCCUAAAAUAUAGAUGCAAUUGUGGUGAAGUUGAAUAUACAAUGCAUAUAAUUAA